AAGCUCCGAGGGGCACGGGACGUGAUAAAACGCAUCUCCUAUUGGCCACAACGACGAGGAUAGGGAGAACCCUAGAGAGAGGACGAAGAGAGAGAGAACCCUAGAGAGACACGGAGAGAGAGGGAGAGCGCAAUGGAGGAGGUGAGGACGACGACGGCGUGGGUGGCGACGCGCGCGGCUCACGUGAAGGUGGAUUCGCUGGAAAUUGAGAAAGUAGUGGAUGGUAUUCAGGGUGCGAUUCCGAAAGUGGAAUGGAAUUUUGAAGGGAUUCACUACUUUGAUAAUGGGCCUCUUACUGUUCAGUAUCUACUUGUUUUGGAUGCAUUAAACUUUUGUUUUUGGCCAGACAAAGACCUAAGCUAUGACCAUUUGGCUUUGGGACUUAAGGAUGCUCUGGAGAAUGACAAAUCUGCUCUUGAUGCAGAUCGUCUUCAGAAUUAUACUGGUCCCCAGUUACGUGAGCUUCUGAAAUGGCCACGCCGUCUGCCGAUUGAGGAGGAAAGAGUGCGCCUGCUGCAUGAGGUUGGUCUGGAACUUGAGAGAAGCUUUGGAGGACAGGCAGUUAAUCUCGUAAGAUCCUGUGGAAAUUCUGCUGAAUCGCUAGUUGCACUUAUUGCACGUCACUUUCCUGGUUUUCGAGAUCAUUCUCUUUACAAGGGACAUCAGAUUUUUCUGUACAAAAGGGCACAGAUCUUUGUUGCUGACCUGUGGGGUGCUUUCAAGGGUCGAGGAUAUGGAGAUUUCUAUGACAUAAAAUCUGUGACAAUAUUUGCGGACUAUAUUGUCCCCGCAGUACUCAGACAGCUUGGCAUAUUAAAGUACAGUUCAGCCUUAUCUAGUUCCAUCGAUUCGAAUAAAGAGAUAGUUGCUGGUAGUGAGGAGGAAGCUGAGUUGCGUGCUUGUUCUAUUUAUGCUGUGGAGAAAAUGAGAGAACUCAUCAAAAGAAAAUUUGGGAAACAGGUGCUUAGUAUAGAAAUCGAUCUUUGGCUCUGGUCAUGUGGCGUUCAAAAUGCGUCUCUGCCACAUCAUCGCACUCUUUCGAUAUAUUAUUGAAUCGGAAGCUGCAUUUCGGGCCAUGGUUAAUUUAAUCUUCUUCACCAUAUGACGAUUGAUAUGAAUUUCUUCCUGCCGAUCUCACUGUUAUAGGUAACAAAUCAUUCCUUUUUUGAGAAUUGCCCUGAAAAAGGGGUAAGGAAGGCAGUAUUAACUUCUAUGUUAAGCUUAUUUAUUCAGAUUUUGCAAGGUAGGGUUAACCUGGUUCAGUUAAAAACUGAAUCAAUAAGCAUGAGUACUUUGAAAACUUCUGAUGAAUUCAAGUCCAAAAUGACUCAUGAAGUGGAAUCACAAAACUUGUUUUGCGGUAUGAGGCUUGCUACUUAUAGACCAAAAUAAUUGCGAAUAACGCUAAUUUUAUCU